AUGGUGCAAUACAAUUUCAAGAAGAUCACGGUUGUUCCCAAUGGGAAGCAGUUUAUUGACAUCAUCCUUUCUCGGACUCAGCGCCAGACACCAACUGUUGUCCACAAGGGUUACAAGAUUAACCGUCUGCGUCAGUUCUACAUGAGGAAGGUUAAGUACACGCAGACAAACUUCCAUGAGAAGCUCUCUACAAUCAUCGAAGAGUUCCCUCGCCUCGAGCAAAUCCAUCCUUUCUAUGGAGAUCUUCUUCACGUGCUGUACAACAAGGAUCACUACAAGCUUGCGUUAGGCCAAGUGAAUACCGCGAGGAACUUGAUCAGCAAAAUCGCCAAAGAUUAUGUGAAGCUACUCAAGUAUGGUGAUUCCUUGUACCGGUGCAAGUGUCUGAAAGUGGCUGCUCUUGGUCGUAUGUGCACUGUUGUGAAGAGAAUCACUCCUAGUUUGGCUUAUCUCGAGCAGAUCAGGCAGCACAUGGCCAGGCUUCCUUCCAUUGAUCCCAACACUCGCACUGUCUUGAUCUGUGGAUACCCUAACGUGGGCAAGAGCUCUUUCAUGAACAAAGUUACCAGAGCCGAUGUUGAUGUCCAGCCUUAUGCUUUCACCACCAAGUCUCUCUUUGUUGGUCAUACUGAUUACGAGUACUUGAGGUAUCAGGUCAUUGACACCCCUGGGAUUUUGGACAGACCUUUUGAGGACCGUAACAUCAUCGAAAUGUGCAGUAUCACAGCGUUGGCCCAUCUUCGAGCUGCUGUUUUGUUCUUUCUGGACAUUUCAGGAUCAUGUGGUUACACCAUUGCACAGCAGGCUGCUCUUUUCCACAGCAUAAAGUCCCUUUUUAUGAACAAACCCUUGGUGAUUGUCUGCAACAAGACUGAUUUGAUGCCCAUGGAAAACAUAUCUGAAGAAGAUCGGAAACUGGUUGAAGAGAUGAAGGCUGAAGCGAUGAAGACUGCUAUGGGAGCAAGUGAAGAACAAGUGCUUUUGACGAUGAGUACUCUGACGGAAGAGGGUGUGAUGUCUGUUAAGAACGCUGCUUGUUCGAGGCUGUUAGAUCAGAGGGUUGAGGCGAAGAUGAAAUCCAAAAAGAUCAACGACCACUUGAACAAGUUCCAUGUUGCGAUGCCGAAGCCUCGUGAUAACAUAGAGAGGCUCCCUUGCAUACCUCAGGCGAUUCUGGAUGCUAGAGCUAAGGAAGCUACUGAAAUGGAGAAGCGUAAGACUGAGAAAGAUUUGGAAGAGGAAAAUGGUGGAGCUGGUGUUUAUUCUGCUAGCUUAAGGAAGCACUACAUCUUGAAGCAUGACGAAUGGAAGGAUGACAUUAUGCCUGAGAUUCUCGAUGGUCACAAUGUUGCUGAUUUCAUUGAUCCAGACAUUUUGUUGAGGCUUGAGGAGUUGGAACGUGAAGAAGAAUUAAGGCUGGCUGAGGUUGCAGAAGAUGAAAUCGAGACGGACGGGGAAGAGCUUUCGGUGGAGCAGAAAAACCAGCUUGCUGCCAUUAGAAAGAAGAAAGCUUGUCUCAUCCGAGAGCACAGGCUCAAGAAGACGGUUGCACAAAACAGAUCAACUGUCCCAAGAAAGUUUGACAAGGACAAGAAGUAUACAACUAAGAGAAUGGGUAGGGAACUAUCAGCUCUGGGACUUGAUCCGUCUUCUGCAGUGGACCGUGCAAGAAGCAAGUCUAGAGGGAGAAAGAGGGAUCGAUCAGAAGAUAGAGGUAAUGAUGCAAUGGAUGUGGAUGAUGAGGAACAGGCUAACAAGAAGCAGCGUGUGAGAUCGAAAUCAAGGUCUAUGUCGAUAUCGAGAUCAAUGUCAAGGCCUCCUGCACAUGAAGUUGUGCCUGGUGAUGGAUUCAAAGACUCUACUCAGAAGAAAGCGGCCCUCAAGAUUGGCAACACGUCUCACAAAAAGAGAGACAAGAAUGCACGUAAAGGUGAAGCUGAUAGAACUAUACCGACUCUCAGACCGAAGCACUUGUUCUCUGGGAAGAGAGGGAAAGGAAAAACGGAUAGGCGUUGA